AUGAUAGCUCACUACCCGAAGGCUGUCUACUUCAUGCCUUGGAAUGGCAUAACUGGUCCCAUCCAGAACAAAAAUGCCUGGGGAGCUUAUAAUAAUCCUAAAGUGAUUAACAUGGGAGAACUAAGAAGUGUACGAUCCACUGCAAACCCUGCAGCCAAUGAUAAAACUAAGAAGUUGCUUUCGGUUCUGAGCGGCUUGGGUGACAGAGACCGGAUGCUAUCUGGAGCCUUCGGCGGCUACAACCUCUUCGUACAUGAGAUCGGCUUCUCCAUGGAACAGGCAAACGGGAUCCAGAAAUUGACAAACAAAUUACCCACCAUCUAUGGAAUGGACUGUUCCCCUGGUUGGGAGACCACUGAAGACGGCCAUGAAACCGACCUCAUCGAUUGCUUUCACCCAAAUAUUGUAGAUUACGCCAAGAAGGGCGGCAUCAUUACCAUCAGCCACCACUUCCCGAACCCAGUGUAUGCGGGCAACAAAGUUGAUGGAAAAGGAACACUUACCAACACUCAAUACGCAACCAUUCUCCAGGACGGAACUUCAGCAAGAAACAGGUGGCUGAAAAUGAUGGAAAAGAUUGCAACAGGUCUUAAAGCAUACAAGGAUCAAGGAAUCACCAUCCUGUAUCGUCCCUUCCACGAGAUGAACGGAGACUGGUUCUGGUGGUCAGCUAUACCUAACGAUCAAAGUCAAAACGGAGAGAGGCAGCGCCUCUUCAAGCUCCUGUGGCAGGAUCUCUUCAACUUCAUGAAAAAUAAGGGCUUGGACAACCUCCUUUGGGUCUACUCUCCCGAUCAAAGCAGAGACUCCAAAACCGCUUACUAUCCUGGCAAUAAUUAUGUUGACAUCGUUGGUUUGGACUGGUACACAGUAGACCCAAACAGUUAUGUUAACGGCUACGAUGAGCUUCUUAGCCUUGGAAAGCCUUUUGCCUUCGCCGAAGUGGGACCAUAUGGUGAGAGUCAGGGACACUUUGAUUUCGGACUUUUCAUCAAAAAUAUUGUAUCUCGAUACCCGAAGGCUGUAUUCUUCAUGCCAUGGAACGGCAUCACUAGUCCCAUCAAGAACAACAACAUUUGGGAAGUUUACAAUAACCCUAAGGUGAUCAACUUGGGAGAACUGUGAGUGCAUCAAAGCGACUUAUUGUUGUCUCCUUUAUAUUGUUUCACAUUUCAAUAAAGUAAUUGCAUAUAAAGUUCACUUUAACCAUGUUCAAUAAUGCAU